AAAUUUCCAAAAUCCAUCAUGAUCCACAUUGCAUAGCCAACUCAACUUAUAUUCCAGAUAUUAUUGUUCCACAUUCACUUGCCAGGCCUGAAAUAUUUUGGAAAGACCAGUACUAGAAUGGCUCAAACUAUGGCUUCAAUGGCUGGAUUACUCGGCUCCUCUCAGGCUGCAUUGGAAAGCAGCCACCAGCUUGGCGGCUUCAGCCGCGGCAGCCGGGUCAGUUUGGUCAGACCGAGUUUUGUUGUUAGAGCCCAACAGGGAUCAGUCGAGGCAGAGACGAGCCGCCGGGGCGUCUUGGGUCUGGUGGCUGCCGGGUUGGCAUCUGGGACUUUGGUUAAAUCUGUGCUAGCUGAAGCCAAGCCAAUCAAGAUCGGCCCGCCUCCCCCACCCUCCGGUGGACUGCCUGGAACAUUGAACUCUGAUGAGCCAAGAGACCUAGACCUGCCAUUGAAGGAGAGGUUUUUCAUACAGCCACUGCCACCAGCUGCUGCAGCAAAGAGGGCAAAGGAAUCUGCCAAGGAAAUUGUUGGUGUCAAGCAAUUCAUAGACAAGAAGGCUUGGCCUUUUGUCCAAAAUGACCUUCGUCUCAGGGCAUCAUACCUUAGGUAUGACCUCAACACCAUCAUCUCUUCAAAGCCCAAAGAGGAGAAGAAGCCUCUCAAAGAACUCACCGGAAAACUCUUCCAGGACAUCGACAAACUGGACUAUGCAGCAAAAAUUAAGAGUACCCCUGAAGCAGAGAAGUACUAUGCACAAGCUGUAUCUAGCCUCAACGACGUUCUUGCUAAGAUUGGCUGAGAAAUCAAUGUACUUUAUUGGGCAAUCUUUGCUACUUCAAUGUAUGAGAUACUUUGUUCUUUACUAUUCAAGGAGAGUUAGACCAACUAA